AUGCAGUUCUUCUCUACUCUCGCUCUAGCCCUGUUCGCGGGCUCUGCUAUGGCUGCUUGCAAACCCGAGGGAGUUUGUAAAGUACGUACCGCAACAUUAUUACAAAGCCCAACCAUCCAUCCAUCCAUCUAUCCAAAAAAUGAAGUAAAAAAAACUAUCACCACCCAGGACCUGAUCACCGAACAACCACACCGAUAUUCAAUAAGUCGUUCCCAUCCCCAUCCCCAGACCCGAACCCCUUCAUCUUUUCCCCUCCUACAGCUCUUCCGGAGUACAAUAUCAAAUAAAAGAGAAUGACUAACGAGAUACCUCUACCGUAGUGCUCCAGCGGAAGCCAUACGCCAGGAAAUGAUAAGACGGGGAGGUGCACGCAGAUUGAGAUUACGAAUGGGCAGUACAAGUGGUGUGUAAGUAUUUUUCUGCGAUUCUUGUGGUGGGUGUUUGGUGUUGAUGGCUUUGUAGUGCAGCUUUUAGGUGGAAAGGGAGUGGGGGGGGAGAAGAAUUGGAUGGGGAAUGUGGUGAUGGAAAAAAUAGACUUGAGUAAUACGAGUUGGUAUGCAAAUUUCGGUUGUUUGUGUGGUGUGAGGAUGAGAUGUGAAUUCUGUUCGAUGUUGUCCUACUUUUUACUUGACCUUGGUCCUUGAGAUUUUAGGGUGUUUGCUGAUUGCAGUUUGGAAUGUGGAGUUGGGGUUUACUGGGAGGAGAGGAUUUGAAUGAUCCUGGGGUUUGGUGUAAGUUGGAAUAGGCGGCUUAAGAAGUGAUAUAUGAAACCUUGGAGGAUUUAAAGUAUGCUCUUUCGUCGUAAUAUUCUUUGCUUUUCUUGGACCCUAUGAAAACGUCUUGUGGGUUUUCACUUGCUCCUCCUCAGCUGCUGUGGAUGUACUGUAGGUUACCAGCAAAGUGGUGAACUGGAUGGCUAGCGAGGCAAGUUGUUUUAGUGGCCGCAUCAUUUUAUUCAAAAAGCGCGAAAUGUGUUGACACGGACUGAUUACCAUUAAAAGCAGCCUAAGACUUUCUCUCCAACUCUCGAAUAGGUCAAAAUCCAGGUCACUUGGUAAGAUGGCUUCUGCGCCUAGUCCAAGUGACAGCUUGGACUGCAGUAGAAAAGUUCAGGAUUCACUCAGACUCACGUCAGAAAUUCUUCCUCCAUACAAAAGUCAAUCCAGCUAAAUGUUUCAGUUCAUGGAGCGACCCCGCGAUGGGAAUGCCAUUCUGGAACAUAAAUCUGUGGUAAUUCGUCUUCGAGAAGCAUCACGAGCGUCCACCUACGCGGUUCUCCACAUGACUAGCAGUCCACCCGCCACCACCGUCAAACUUAGCAACUGGUUCGCAAAUGUCAACAUCAACACCGCCUUACUGAAAUACAACGUGUUUUGA